CUUAUACCCGGACUCAUCUUGGAAAUCUUUCUCUUGAUGCAACUUUCAUUGAAAGAUCUUCACUCAAUGAACAGAUCAAUGCUCUUGUCAACAGUGCAGCAAAAGAUUGGGGCAUUUAAUGCAUCCGAUAUGAAAUAAGGGAUGUGUCUCCUCCCCCCAGAAUUAAAGAAGCAAUGGAGCUGCAGGCCGUAGCUGAGCGCAAUAAGCGCGCCAGGAUUUUACAAUCCGAAGGAGAAAGGCAGGCCUCUAUCAACAUUGCCGAGGGCAAGAUGAUCGCAACUGUACUAGCCUCAGAAGCGGCCAUAAUUGACUUGUCUAAUAGAGGGCGAGGGAAAGCAGUGGCCAUCGAGAAAAAAGCGAAGGCGACCGCUGAUGGGAUUGGUGUGGUGGCAGCGCAGCUUUGCAGAGACGGGAGCACGGAGGCAGCUGGUUACAGAAUUGCAGAGAAGUAUGUUGAAGCGCUAGGGAGAGAAUACUGUUUUCCUUCCCUGGAGUGCUCCGGAUCCUCGAGUGAAGCCUUAGCAUGGCAUCAGAAAAUCAACCCUAUUCUGUCUAGUUCUUCCCAUUUCAUGCAUAUGACAGUGUAUAUUACUAAGGUACUAAAUCACAGCCUAAUGUGCUUCUUCAUCCAGAGGCUUUGUUAAAGGCUAAAAAAGAGUGGCUCUAUCGGUUCAUUGCUACAUGCUAGUUAUGAGGCUAUGGUUUGACCCUUUGAAAUUUCAGAAAUUGUGAUUCGGAGUUUAUUACAAUAAUAUAUUUUGUGAUUU